AUGUUCGUUUCACCACCCCCUGCAACAACAACAAAGCAGGUAUUUCCGAAGAAACUGCCGAAACGAUUAUCAGCUAUACCUGAGAACAACUCAGUGAGCAACUAUUCUCUCGAUAACAGCGAUAAUGGGAGUAUAGAUAGCGAUGUGAACAUGGAUGUGGACUCCCAUAUAUCUGAUGCAACAACACAACUACAACUGCCACUACAGAAAACGACAAGCAAUAGAAAUGAUUUCGUGAGUGCCCCACCAGAAUAUGCCGAUAGAGCUAGGUUAGAGAUUAAGAAGAGACUGCUUCCCAGUGGUCAAACCAUGGGCCACUUUCCAACACAUAGCUCGACUAGUCGACACAUACAACGCAGCAGAAGUCACAGCUCGCAGUCCUCGACAAGUGAUAGCCAGAGUCUUUUUUCUGACAACGCCUCCUCAUACCAGUCGAGUAUUUUCUCACAGCCUUCUACAGUUUUCUCACAGAACACUUCAAGCACCACCAAUAGUACACAUGACUUCUUAUUCCCACAUCCAGCUAAGAUAAUAACACAACUAUCUCUAGAAGAUGCUCUUCCGAAGUCCUUCUAUGACAUGUAUGCUCCAGAGAUUCUAACUGACCCCACAAACCUGUUAUGCAAUGGACGUCCCAAGUUUACUAAGAGAGAGCUUCUGGAUUGGGACUUGAACGAUAUAAGGUCGUUGCUUAUCGUUGAGAAAAUGAAACCAGAGUGGGGGUCACAAUUACCGGAAAUUGUUACAGCAGACCCUAAUCUGCCUAAAUUCAGGUUUAUACUAUUGCCUUUGAACUCUACUGAUGAGACUAUCAUACAGAUCCUUGUUAACUCAGACUUAUACCAAGAGGCUAACCUGGACUUCGAAUUCAAGCUGACUAGUGCUAAAUACACUGUUGCAGCCGCUAGAAAGAGGCAUGAACAAUUAAGAGGCUACCACGAAGAAGUUAUGCAGCUAACUAAACCUGAAUGGAGAAAUAUUAUCGAGAAUUACUUGUUAAAUAUUGCCGUCGAGGCCCAAUGCCGUUUCGAUUUCAAGCAGAGAUGUUCUGAAUUCAAGAAAUGGAAAUUGCAACAAGCCAAUUUGAAGAGACCAGAUAUGCCUCCACCAAGCAUGGUACCUAUGAAUCACUCGAAUAAAUCAUCUGGAAGUCUUUUGAAAAGGGCUCUGAUGAAGAAUCUGCAAUUAAAAAAUAUGAAAAAUGAGCAUAGUCAGGAAAAUAUGAUGGCUGGUCCAUCCGCAACACCUUUGAGCAAUAAGGUGCUUCUAACCAAAGAAGAGAAGGCCCAUAUCUGGACCCAAUGCCAAACUCAGGUUUACCAAAGGUUAGGCUUGGACUGGAAGCCAGAUGCUAUGCCUUAG